UUAUUGGUUUGGUGUUUAGAUACACUUCAGUGUAUUUAUUACGUACAGUAGUUUAAAUCACUAACAAACAACUGUCAUUUCAGGUACGGAUUUAAGUCCAUCUUGAAAUUACUGUGGCCAAAAAAAUUGAAUUACUGUUGGGUAGCAUUUGGUGCCAACAGUGAUGGAAAGCAGUGAUGAUGAAAGAGGAGGGGGAUGGAAGGACUGUGAUGGAGAGAAAGACAAACAGCUGAAAGAGCAGCUCAACUGUGAAGAAAAGGGAGUAAUUGAGCUCCAAGAAAAUGACAAAGAGAGAAGAAAGGACGGUAGGAGAUCUGGAACAUUGUGGAGGAGUGGGUGGGCACUAAGUGAAAGACUUGCCAUCAAUGUCUCAGGGAUGCGCUAUGAGACUCAGCUUCGUACAUUAGCCCAAUUCCCUGACUCUAUGCUUGGUGAUCCCAGACGGAGGUCACGAUAUUUUGACCCUCUACGAAAUGAACUCUUCUUGGACCGAAAUCGGGCCUGCUUUGAUGCUAUUCUGUACUUUUACCAGUCUGGUGGGAGGCUUCGUAGGCCCACCAACAUACCUCUGGACAUCUUCAUGGAUGAGCUACUGUUUUAUGAGCUGGGGGAGGAUGUCAUAGACCGAUUCAAAGAAGAUGAGGGUUUUCCAAAAGAAGAGGAGAGGCCUCUGCCAAGCAAUGAAAUCCAGAGGAGAUUGUGGAUGCUGUUUGAGCAUCCAGAGUCGUCAUCAGGAGCACGCAUCAUAGCCAUUAUCAGUGUGAUGGUUAUUGUGGUAUCCAUCCUCAUCUUCUGCCUGGAGACCCUCCCAGAGUUCAGGUUGGACAAAGAAGGGAGUGGAAUACAAAUGGAAUAUUUGUACAAAUAUCACUCCCUUCCCAAGAAUGUCUCAGAGAACAUGCCAUUGCCACAGAGUGUCUUCCAGGAUCCCUUUUUUUUAGUGGAGACAAUGUGUAUAUGUUGGUUCUCCUUUGAGCUCUUAAUGCGAUUUGCUUGCUGUCCUAGUAAGACAUACUUCUUCAAGGAUGUCAUGAAUAUUAUAGAUUUCAGUGCCAUCCUGCCAUACUUUGUUACUUUGGGCACUGAGUUGGCCAAGGACAAUGACGCUACUCCGGCCACUUCCUUGGCCAUCAUAAGGGUCAUUCGGCUGGUGCGAGUCUUCAGGAUCUUUAAGCUGUCUCGUCACUCCAAAGGGCUGCAGAUUCUGGGUCAAACCCUCCGAGCCAGCAUGCGUGAAUUAGGUCUGCUCAUAUUUUUCCUCUUUAUUGGAGUCAUCCUCUUUUCCAGUGCAAUAUACUUUGCUGAAGCUGACCACAAAAACACAGCUUUUAUCAGCAUACCACAUGCUUUCUGGUGGGCUGUGGUUACCAUGACCACAGUGGGAUAUGGUGACAUGUGUCCAGAGACUGUUUGGGGAAAAAUGGUGGGCUCUAUGUGCGCCAUUGCCGGCGUGCUGACCAUUUCACUGCCUGUGCCUGUCAUAGUGUCCAACUUCAGUUAUUUUUACCACCGUGAGACUGAAUGUGAAGAUCAAACAGAAUACAACCAUGUCAAGACAUCACUGUGGGAAGAUGAAGAAGAGGAAGAUGAAGAGGAACAAAAGGAGGAAGAGGUGCAGGACCCAGAGGCGGAAUACUAUGCCAUUGAGGGCAGAUACACCCCAGUAAAUAGGACUCUGCUGGACGGACCAUGUCCAGCUCAUGGUAUGGAGUAUAAAGAAGGAAACGCAUGUAUGAGAGAACCACUGGUAACUCAAGUGUAAAGAAGGCAUGCAGUUUGUAUGGAGAGCCAU